AUGGAUGCACCCGAGCCCGAGACGCCGUUCGCGGCCGUGUCGACCCAAGCUACCAAGCUGGGCCGCAUAUACCAGAGAUCGACCCCUUACAUUGCCUACAGAUGGAUCGGCUUCGGCGUGCUGUUCCUCAUGUUCACCCUGCGCAUCGUCUUUGCGCAGGGCUGGUACAUUGUCGCCUACUCCCUCGGCAUCUACCUCCUCAACCUCUUCCUCGCCUUCAUCUCCCCCAAAUUCGACCCCUCGCUCGAAGCCGACACGGACAUGGAAGACGGCGUGCCCGCGGGCCAGGACUCGUCGCUGCCCACCAAGAACGACCAGGAGUUCAAGCCAUUUGUGCGCCGCCUGCCGGAGUUCAAGUUCUGGCACUCGGCCACGCGCGCCACGCUCAUCGGCUUCCUGUGCUGCUGGAGCGAGAUUUUCAACCUGCCCGUCUUUUGGCCGGUGUUGGUGAUGUAUUGGUUGAUUCUGGUGUUUUUGACCAUGAGGAGGCAGAUACAGAGUAUGAUUAAGUACAGAUAUGUGCCGUGGGAUUUCGGCAAGACCAAGUACUCUGCGAAAUGA